UGCUGCAAUUAGAACAAAUACGGUAUAAACGACGAUGGCUGCACUGGAGACACGAGAAACUCUCACAUCUAUAUCUGGGAUGGAUGAUGCCAUGGACCAGGAUGUCGACAUAGUUAUCGAUAGAUAUGAAAUCAUAGGAGAUAUAGGUAGGGGGGCAUAUGGGAUAGUUUAUAAAGCAAGAGAUGUGAAGAACAAUGGUUCGAUUGUUGCCCUGAAGAAAGUGUAUUCUAUGGAAGAUUCCACAGAUUUACCUCAACAUCUCCUUAGGGAGGUAACCAACCUCAAGCGGCUAAGAUCUCCUUAUGUUAUUCGGUUGCUUGACGUACAUGAAUCUACUGGUCGGUGCCAACAUGAAACUGUUUGGUACAUGGUGUUUGAGCACAUGGAACAAGACUUGGACCAAUUCAUCCAACACUGUCCCUCGUCUGGAAUGCAUGAUAAUGUGAUCAAGAAUUUCCUUGGCCAAAUUUUGAGGGGAGUGGACGCAAUUCAUGAAAACCGGAUUGUGCAUCGUGAUCUAAAACCACAAAACAUAUUGGUCAGUAGAGAUGCGACACAAAUCAAGAUUGCUGAUUUUGGGUUAAGUCGUCACAUUGGAUCAAAUGCCGUAUUAUCGACUCAGGUUGUGACGCAAUGGUACAGAGCUCCAGAAGUUUUGCUGCAUUCGUCAUAUUGUGAAUCAGUUGAUAUAUGGAGUGUCGGGUGUAUUUUUGCUGAAAUGCUAGCUAAAAGACCAAUAUUUGCUACAAAAGAGGCAGGAGAAAAAUCGCAGUUACAGCAGAUCUUUAAUGUUAUUGGCACUCCAAGAGAAGAAAGCUGGCCGCAACAAACGCGAAUUGAUCUAAGCUUGUUUGUUGUUGUGGAUCCUCAGCCUUGGACAAAGUUGUUAAAGAAAGAAUGUGGCCUUUCUGCACAUGAUUUACUGUCGAAGUUCUUGCAGUUCGAAGUUUUGAAGAGAAUUUCAGCCCAAGAUGCUAUCCAGCACGAGUACUUCAGUGACAGAGAGGUUUAAAGACAAUGAUCCUCACUUAUAUAAUUAUUAAUUGACCAAAUUCUCCAAUGUUCUUCUCCAUAAAGAAUUAUUAUCACGAACUAUAAAUAAUUAUACAGUAUACUAAUAAAUUACUUUAAGACAAUAAAGUGCUGUUAUAAGUUUGAACGUUCUAAGCGUUGUAUUGUUCCUUUUGCAUAACCUGUGAUAGUGGUAGUCAAGGAAAGUCUCUUUAGUUUUUGUGUGUAAUAAUGAAUAAUUAUUAAUUAUUAUACUUGUGAGGAAA